AAAUGAUAUUAAUGAUAGAUCAAAAGAAAAUUCGAAAAAACAAAAAGGGUCAUCUCCUUUUCCAAUUCAGUCAUUUUUAUGGUCAAAUUAAACUGAUGAACAGUGCCAAAAAUUUCAUCUUGCUUUCUUUUUUUUUCCUCUGUAAACAGAAUUUCCGAUGAUGCUCUUUCGGUUUUAUAGACCCGUAAAGGAGCUGGAUGAAGAAAAAGGCCAAAUCACCAAAGGUUUCGCAAAUUAGAAACUGGGGUUUUUCUUCAGCUAGUUGUGUAAAAUGAUUGUUUCUACUUCUUGGUGUCUUUCAAAAGAGGUGUGGUUUUGAUUGCUUCAAAUGCUUGCUACUUGCUUGCUUCAUAACUUCUUGAAGAAGAAGACAACCCGUUUUUCCUCUUCCAACCCAGUUGGUUGUCUGCAAUUCCUCUUCUGUGUUUGAUUCCCUUUUCCUUCUGGGGUUCUUGUAUAGCUCUGAUCUUGACGAUUUCGUGACUUGGGUUGUGUGAUAAAUUGUGGGUUUUGCACCAAUUUCUAUUUAAAACACUUGUAUUUCGAUGCCCUUUUAUGUUGGGACUGGUUUUCUCAAGUUGCUGAGAGAUUCAUAAGUGGGGGGUUUUUAGAGAAAACCAUGUCUCAGAAUUCUAAACUCUCUUGUUCUAAGGUCAGAUUACUAGCUGGUUUCAAGGUGAAGAAGGCUAAGGAGCAUUUCCAUGGUCAAGGGUGGAGUAACCUACUUUAUCUCUUGCCAUUUGGAAUGAUUUUGAUUCUGGGUCUUUGGUAUAUUUUUAGUUUUUGUGAUGGGAGUUCAGUUCGGGAAGUGGUGAUUCCAAAUACGUGUAAAGAGAAGACCUGGAACUUUCUGAAGCAUUUCAAUGUCAGUGAGACUCAGUUUAUUGCUACGGCUUCGUUCUUCUUUCAUUCAGAUCAGUCAUCAUCUCUCCCGUGUGCGAAAGACUCAGAGCCCGGUAAUGCACUGAAAGACUGCAUUCCUUAUGCGUUGAAGAUUUUAGAACGGGAACAAGACUUGCAAAAGAAGCAAAGGUGGCUUUCUGAAGAUUUACAAUCUGAAGGCCAGUGCCCAAUUAGGGGUGAGAUGGACUCCUCCAAUGUUGAUCUAUUGCAGUUAAUGGACAACACACACUCGCUUACUUCAAAAUCUUAUUUUGGAUUUGUGUCUCCAUGUCUUCAGAUUCAUAGAGAGAGGAUCUUGCAUACUAAGGAAAUUGGAAAUGAGCAUUCUCGAAGUGUGAAUGGAUUAGUAAUGGGAUGCUUAUGGAUUCUUGCUGUAGUGAUAUCAUGCCUGAAGAUGUCUGGUUUUCAUUUGAAAUUAAAAAACCAUAAACACAAGCCAAUAAAGCAUCCAUCGGUUGAGAAUCAGCCAGUGAUUCAGCUACAGCAGGUGUUGCUACAGCAGCAGUUAGAUCUAUCUCCAAGUCCUCCUAAGGGGGCUGGAAAAUGGAGAAAGAAACUUCUUAUAUUAUUUGUUUUGCUUGGAAUUAUUGGAUCCUUUUGGCUCUUUUGGUAUUUGAACAACAAAAUCAUCUUGAGGAGAGAAGAAACACUUUCUAACAUGUGCGAUGAGCGAGCUCGAAUGUUACAGGAUCAAUUCAACGUUAGCAUGAACCAUGUUCAUGCCUUGGCUAUUCUGGUCUCCACUUUUCAUCAUGGCAAGCAUCCUUCUGCCAUUGAUCAGAAAACAUUCAGUGAAUAUGCAGAAAGAACAGCUUUUGAACGACCACUCACCAGUGGUGUGGCUUAUGCUUUGAAAGUUACUCAUUCAGAAAGAAAGCAAUUUGAAGAGGAACAUGGGUGGACAAUUAAAAAGAUGGGAACAGAGGACCAGACUCUGGUUCAGGAUUCUAUUCCGGAGAAUUUAGACCCUGCUCCCGUUCAGGAUGAAUAUGCACCUGUGAUAUUUUCACAAGAAACUGUAUCUCAUAUAGUUUCCAUUGACAUGAUGUCUGGAAAGGAAGACCGUGAAAACAUCUUGCGAGCAAGAGCUUCAGGGAAGGGAGUGCUGACAUCUCCUUUCAAGCUUCUUAAGUCCAAUCACCUAGGUGUUGUACUCACUUUUGCUGUCUAUAACACCGACCUUCCUCCUGAUGCAACACCAGAGCAACGUAUUAAAGCUACUGUUGGGUAUCUAGGAGCAUCCUAUGAUGUCCCAUCACUUGUGGACAAGCUUCUCCACCAACUUUCCAGCAAACAAUCAAUCGUUGUUGAUGUUUAUGACACAACUAAUGCAACUGCUCCCAUUAAGAUGUAUGGAUCUGAUGUAAUAGAUACUGGUCUAUUGCACAUUAGCAACCUGGAUUUUGGAGAUCCCCAAAGGAAGCAUGAGAUGCAUUGCAGAUUUAAGCAGAAGCCACAAUUACCAUGGAUGGCCAUAAAUGCAUCAGUGGGAGUUCUGGUUAUUACUUUACUCGUUGGCCAUAUAUUUUAUGCGGCCAUAAGUCGAAUCGCAAAAGUUGAAAAUGACUAUCAUGAGAUGAUGGGACUCAAAAGUCGUGCUGAAGCUGCAGAUGUGGCAAAGUCUCAGUUUCUUGCAACUGUUUCUCACGAGAUCAGGACGCCAAUGAAUGGUGUUUUAGGGAUGCUGAAAAUGCUGAUGGACACUGAUCUUGACCCAAACCAACUGGACUAUGCCCAGACUGCAUAUGAUAGUGGGAAAGAAUUAAUAUCACUAAUAAACGAGGUUCUCGACCAAGCUAAAAUAGAAUCAGGCAGGCUUGAACUUGAAGAUGUACCGUUUGAUCCACGAGCUUUACUAGAUAAUGUGCUGUCAAUGUUCUCUGGAAAAUGUCAUGAGAAGGGAAUAGAGUUAGCUGUUUAUGUCUCUAAUUUGGUCCCUGAAGUUCUCAUCGGUGACCCUGGACGCUUCCGACAGAUAAUUACCAAUCUUGUGGGAAAUUCAAUCAAGUUCACCAACGACAAAGGACACAUAUUUGUUACUGUACACCUGGCAGAAGAAGUGAGGACUCCCUUGGAGGCAAUGGACAGUGUGCUAAGACAAGGCCUAGACUUAGUGAAAGAGACGCGGGGAAAAAGUCACAAUACGUUAAGCGGGUUUCCAGUGGUCGAGAGGUGCAAGAGUUGGGAGUCUUUCAAGAUAUUUAGAAGAAUAGAUAUGAUGAAAGAAGAUGACGACGUAAUUAAGUUGCUUGUAUCAGUUGAGGAUACAGGUCAUGGAGUUCCUUUAGAAGCACAAAGUCGAAUUUUUAUGCCAUUUAUGCAAGCGGAUAGUUCCACUUCACGCAAGUAUGGUGGGACUGGAAUAGGUCUGAGCAUCAGCAAAUGUCUGGUGGAUCUAAUGGGUGGGGAGAUAGGUUUUGUGAGCCAACCUGGUGUUGGCAGCACAUUUUCAUUUACUGGAUGUUUGAGAAAAGGCGAUACGAAGUCCCUUGAUACAAAGUGGCAGCAGAAUGAUUCAGCUGUGUUAGAUUUCCGAGGAUUGCGAGCGCUGGUACUGGAUAAUAGAAGCAUUAGAGCCGAGGUAACAAAAUAUCAUCUUAAGAGGUUAGAGAUCUCGGUGGAUAUAGUUUCAAGUUUGGCUUCAGCACAUGAAUACUUAACCAAUAAUUGCAUCAAAAGUCCAUCCAAGCCUUUGGCCAUGGUGCUUGUCGACAAAGAUGUAUGGGAUAAGGAAACUGGUCCGACAAUCCCCCAUAUGUUUAAACGACAUGGGGUAAAUGGCAAGGAAGAAUCAAGAGGAAGUCCUAAGAUCUUUCUCUUAGCCACCUCCAUUAGCCCUCAAGAGAGGAGAGCUCUCAAGUUGACCGGUUAUGUUGAUAAUGUAAUGACAAAACCCCUUAGGUCAGGUGUCCUGAUUGGAUGCUUCCAGGAAGCCUUCGGGAAGGUCAACCGAAAGAAACCGUCUAUUCUUGGGAACUUACUGAGAGAAAAGCAAAUAUUGGUGGUCGAUGACAAUGCAGUCAAUAGACGAGUUGCCGAAGGUGCUCUAAAGAAAUAUGGAGCAAAGGUUACCUGUGUGGAAAGUGGUAGUGCUGCUAUUUCAUUGUUAAAACCACCACACAAGUUCAAUGCUUGCUUCAUGGAUCUUCAGAUGCCUGAGAUGGAUGGGUUUGAAGCAACACGCCAGAUACGAAAUGUCGAAAAUAAGGUUAAUGAGGACAUUUCUUCUGGAAAAGUAUCAAUUGAGAUGUUUGGGAAUGUGGCUCAUUGGCAUACACCAGUAUUGGCCAUGACAGCUGAUGUGAUUCAGGCUACAAAUGAAGCAUGCAUGAACUGUGGGAUGGAUGGUUAUGUAGCAAAGCCUUUUGAAGAAGAAAAAUUAUAUUCAGCGGUUGCUCGUUUCUUUGAGUCCGAUGCUCGAGUAGAACAUGAAUAGAAUGAUCAUUCUGAUUUUAGUGAUCCAUUCAAGGCAUAUAUGGAUCGAGAUUGACUCUAAUAAUGAGUUUUCUUCGGAUGAAAGGCCCUACCAGGACAAGGCAUUGGGUAGAAUCGUUUGGAAUACGUCCCAAUCUUUACAGUUGGUGACGAUGGGAUAGAUAUGAAUGGAGGAUAUCUGUCAUAAGGGGUCAUUGGUAUACCGACACUAACCAGUAACUUCAUGCUUUGAUCCUUGUUGCCUGAUCAUACUUUAGUAUGUCUCGUCAUGAAUGCAUCGGAACUUUUCUUCUAAAACAUUUGUUGCCCAGGCGAGGACUAUUCCUGAAGGAUAGCAGUUUGAUUGAGUCGCUUCAUCCACAUGGUUCAUCUUGCAAAGUUGUCAGCCAUUUGCACUUCUAGUGUGAAGGUAGAUGCACCAUUCAUCAACACCCAAGAAUACGCUCGACAUCUCAGCUGCAAGAUUGGAUGAUCAAGUUGAAACAAAAUUCUGUUUUAGUGCAGGAGUGCAACGAUCAUUCGAAUGAUGCAGCUUGUCAUUUUGACAGAAACAUGACAUUCCUAGUGAUGCUCAAGAUAAAAGAAACAAGGGAAUGAAGAAUCCACAAAAUCAAAUCGCGAAUUCUCAGCUCAAAAUGUAGUGGGUGGAAUUCUUCAACCUAACUUCAAUAGAAUUCUUCAACUGAACUUUGAUCUGAUUUCCUACAUGGAACGAAGCCACGACAAACAAGGUGUACCAAUUAGAAGAUUGGCUGACAUUCCAAACAAGAACAGCUUCUUAGGUUUCAUGGAGUCCCUGAUUCGUCCCGGUUCCAUCGGGCAGUUGGUUUUGCUGUUUUUCAGGCAAAUGAAUAGCUGCUUUAAUUAAUCACCAACUCUUCUUAUUACUAUGAUGUUCCAAUCAAAAUUGUGGUGGUGAUUCUCAUCCUACCAAUACUUCUGUGCAUAAGGCAACUCAGACAAGUCUGAGACUCUGAACCAACCCCUCAAUAUGAUUCUCAAGAUUCAUGGUCGAAAUAAGAAUAAGAUAAAUAACUUGUAAUUUAGAAAUUAGAACAAGGGAGAAUUGGCUUGUACAGGCUGAAUUUCAAAUUCUUUGCACCAUCUUAGAUA